AUGGACAAAAUGUUAGGCUUAUUAUUUGUCAUUAAUAUCAUUUCUCUCAGUGUUGAGAAUGUAGCAGGAAACCAACAUGAGAAGAUAAGUCCAGAAAACAUCACCCGGAUUCUGGACGAGCUUCUCGAGGGCUACGACAACCGACUGCGUCCAGGAUCAGGAGGUUUUGUCACUGAAGUCAAAACAGAUAUAUUUGUGACCAGUUUUGGACCCGUGUCAGAUGUUGAAAUGGAUUUCACCAUGGACAUGUUUUUCCGUCAAAUGUGGGUGGACGAGAGGCUAGUGUUCAACGGUCCUAUUGAGAUUCUGCGCUUAAACAACCGCAUAGUGGACAAGAUUUGGACUCCGGACACAUUUUUCCACAAUUCGAAAAAAUCCUCAUCUCACAACAUGACAACACCUAACAAGCUGUUCCGCAUCAUGCAGAACGGCACCGUCUUCUACACCAUGAGGCUGACUGUGAGGGCAGACUGUCCCAUGAUGCUAAUUGAUUUUCCAAUGGAUACCCAUAUUUGUCCUCUCAGUUUUGGAAGCUAUGCUUAUACCAGCAGUGAGAUUAUGUACACAUGGAGGAAAGGUCUGGAGAAGUCUGUAGAAAUCCCUCCAGAGUCCUCAAACUUACUGCAGUAUGACCUAAUCGGAAAGACGCUUUCCAGCAAAAUACGCAAGAUCAAUACAGGCCAAUAUUCUGUCAAGAUGGUUCAUUUUAUUCUCCAAAGGAAACUCGGCUAUCAUUUGAUCCAAACCUAUAUCCCUCUCAUCAUGGUGGUCGUCCUUUCCCAAGUGUCGUUCUGGAUCAACAAGGAGUCUGUGCCUGCUCGAACUGUGGCCGGAGUCACCACCGUCCUCACCAUGACCACGCUGAGCAUCAGUGCACGCUCUUCUUUACCCAAAGUGGCCUACGCCACAGCCAUGGACUGGUUCAUUGCCGUCUGCUUUGCUUUUGUGGCCUCGGCAUUGGUGGAGUUUGCCGCCGUCAACUACUUCGCCACUCUGGAGGCUAACAGGAUGAGGCGUCGACUUUCUAGAGCUUCUGUGCUGGAGUCCAUUGCUGAUCAGAGUGACGAUGAAGACGAGUCGACGAUAUCUGAAACAAGCGCUGGAGAGCGACAAAGGAGGCGGAUGAACUCCGUUUCAGAAGCCCCCAAAAUGCGCCUGCCCAUCUUCCUGCAGCAGGGUUCAGCCAUCCCGCCCAAUAUUACCCUGGCUGGGCCUAGUAUCAUUGACGAGUAUGCUCGUGUGCUCUUCCCACUUGCAUUCGCCCUUUUUAACGUCAUCUACUGGUACAUCUACCUCAGCAAGAAUACUGUGGAGAAACUCAGGGAGACGGACUGACUUUCUUCACUGUGCAGUGUGCAGAAGAAUAUCUACUGCUC